ACUCUUUUUCACCCUUUAAAUUCUCCCUUAUCCUUCGCCAUUUUCACACCUCUUUUCUCUCUCACAUUUUCUAACUAUUCCCUUUUCUCUCUUCAUUUCUGUUUCUGUUUCCCUUUUCACUCCAUCUUACUCUUCCAUUGCCAUUUUUCAGUUUUUUUUCCUUUGUGCUUCGUGCUGAAUUAAUUAAUCAAAGAUGGCGAGUACUGAAGCUCAAGCUCCCCAUGAAAGAAGAGAAAAUAAGCUCCCAAACUUUCUCUUGUCUGUCAGACUCAAAUAUGUAAAGCUGGGUUAUCAUUACUUAAUCUCAAAUGCUAUGUAUUUGUUGCUUUUGCCACUUCUAGCCAUUGCCUCAGCUCACCUUUCAACGCUCACAAUCCAAGAUUGUGUUCAGCUAUGGAGGCAGCUACAGUUCAAUCUUGUUACAGUCACUCUAGGUUCAAGUCUCAUGGUUUUCUUGGCCGCACUGUACUUCAUGAGCCGCCCCAGAAAGAUCUAUUUGGUUGAUUUCGCUUGUUACAAGCCCGAUUCGGAACUUAUUUGCAGUAGAGAAACAUUUGUUGAAAAAUCCACUAAUAUUGGGUGUUUCUCGGAGGAAAACUUGGUUUUUCAGAAGAAGAUUAUUGAACGUUCUGGUUUAGGGCAGAAGACGUACUUUCCUGAGGCCUUAAUGUUGCGAGAGCCGCCAAACCCGUGCAUGGCGGAGGCCAGGAAGGAGGCUGAGGUGGUGAUGUUUGGAGCUAUUGAUCAGCUGUUGGCGAAAACUGGCGUUAAGGCUAAGGAUAUUGGGAUUCUUAUGGUGAAUUGCAGCUUGUUUAAUCCAACUCCAUCUCUGUCCGCCAUGAUCGUUAAUCACUAUAAGCUUAGAGGGAACAUCUUGAGCUAUAAUUUAGGUGGUAUGGGUUGCAGUGCUGGACUCAUUUGUAUUGACCUCGCCAAACAGCUCCUGCAGGUGAACCCAAAUUCGUAUGCCUUAGUAGUGAGCAUGGAGAACAUAACUCUGAACUGGUAUUUCGGCAAUGACCGAUCGAUGCUUGUAUCAAACUGUCUCUUCCGAGUUGGCGGAGCCGCCAUCCUCCUCUCUAACAGAUCAUCCGAUCGCCGCCGUUCAAAGUAUCAACUCAUUCACACCGUGCGGACUCACAAGGGAGCCGACGACAAAUGCUACAACUGUGUCUUCCAAAAAGAAGACUCAAACGGAAAAAUCGGCGUCUCACUCUCAAAAGACCUGAUGGCUGUAGCCGGAGAAGCCUUAAAAACAAACAUCACCACCUUGGGUCCUUUAGUCCUCCCAGUGUCUGAGCAGCUCCUGUUUUUCACAACAUUGAUAGCCAGAAAAAUUUUCCAUAUGAAAAUAAAGCCAUACAUUCCUGACUUCAAGCUGGCUUUCGAGCAUUUCUGCAUUCAUGCAGGAGGGAGAGGGGUGUUGGAUGAGCUAGAGAAGAAUCUGGAGCUGAGUGAUUCGCAUAUGGAGCCUUCAAGAAUGACCCUUUACAGGUUUGGGAAUACUUCGAGUAGCACGUUGUGGUAUGAAUUGGCGUACACAGAGGCGAAGGGGAGGAUGAAGAAAGGUGAUCGGACAUGGCAGAUUGCAUUUGGUUCUGGAUUCAAAUGUAAUAGUGCUGUGUGGAAGGCGUUGAGGAGUAUUCAUCCCGCCAAGGAGAAAAUUAAUCCGUGGAUGGAUGAGAUUGAAGAGUUUCCAGUUCAGGUGCCAAAGCUAACACCUAUUACGACUUCGUCCUCAUCUUAAAGGUUUUUUCUUUAACACGGCAUGGGUAAUCAGCAUUUGGAUGGAUAAAUUUUAGAAAAA